UAGUCCGGUGCAGGACGUGGGGCUUUUGCAGCCCAGCUGGUUCCGGCUGGGGAAGAUGGCGGUGGCUGAGGCGGUGUCCGGGGAGCCGCUGGUGCACUGGUGCACCCAGCAGUUGCGGAAAACUUUCGGCCUGGAUGUCAGCGAGGAGAUCAUUCAGUAUGUUUUGUCAAUUGAGAGUGCUGAAGAGAUACGAGAAUAUGUUACUGAUCUCCUCCAGGGAAAUGAAGGCAAAAAAGGUCAAUUCAUAGAAGAACUUAUAACCAAAUGGCAAAAGAAUGAUCAGGAGUCGAUUUCUGAUCCUUUGCAGCAGUGCUUCAAAAAAGAUGAAAUUUUAGAUGGGCAGAAAUCAGGAGACCAUCUAAAGCGGGGUAGAAAGAAAGGGAGAAACAGACAGGAAGUUCCUGCAUUUACUGAACCUGACACGACUGCAGAAGUUAAAACACCUUUUGAUUUGGCUAAGGCACAAGAGAACAGCAACUCCGUAAAGAAGAAGACAAAGUUUGUCAAUUUAUACACAAGAGAAGGACAGGACAGGCUUGCAGUCCUGCUCCCUGGUCGCCACCCUUGUGAUUGCCUGGGCCAGAAGCACAAGCUCAUCAAUAACUGUCUGAUCUGUGGGCGCAUUGUCUGUGAACAAGAAGGCUCUGGCCCUUGCUUAUUCUGUGGCACUCUGGUGUGUACUCAUGAGGAACAAGAUAUUUUACAGCGUGACUCAAACAAGAGCCAGAAACUGCUAAAGAAACUCAUGUCAGGGGUGGAGAAUUCUGGAAAGGUGGACAUCUCUACCAAGGACCUUCUUCCUCAUCAAGAAUUGCGAAUUAAGUCUGGUCUGGAGAAGGCUAUCAAGCAUAAAGACAAACUGUUAGAGUUUGACAGAACUAGUAUUCGAAGGACCCAAGUCAUUGAUGAUGAGUCAGAUUACUUUGCCAGUGAUUCUAACCAAUGGUUGUCCAAACUUGAGCGGGAAACCUUGCAGAAGCGAGAGGAGGAGCUGAGAGAACUUCGACACGCCUCUCGACUUUCUAAGAAGGUCACCAUUGACUUUGCAGGAAGGAAGAUCCUGGAAGAAGAAAAUUCACUAGCGGAAUAUCAUAGCAGACUAGAUGAGACAAUACAGGCCAUUGCCAAUGGAACCUUGAACCAGCCACUGACCAAAUUGGAUAGAUCUUCUGAAGAGCCUUUGGGAGUUCUGUGGGUUGACCACACAGGUGCAGCCUCACAGAAGAAGGCUUUCCGUUCUUCAGGAUUGGGACUAGAGUUCAACUCGCUUCAGCACCAGUUGCGAAUCCAGGAUCAAGAAUUUCAGGAAGGCUUUGAUGGUGGCUGGUGCCUCUCUAUACAUCAGCCCUGGGCUUCUCUGCUUGUCAGAGGGAUUAAAAGGGUGGAGGGCAGAUCCUGGUACACCCCCCACAGAGGACGACUUUGGAUAGCAGCCACAGCUAAAAAACCCUCCCCUCAAGAAGUCUCAGAACUCCAGGCUACAUAUCGUCUUCUUCGUGGGAAAGAUGUGGAAUUUCCUAAUGACUAUCCGUCAGGUUGUCUUCUGGGCUGUGUGGACCUAACUGACUGCUUGUCCCAGAAGCAAUUUAAGGAGCAGUUUCCAGACAUCAGUCAAGAAUCUGAUUCUCCAUUUGUUUUCAUCUGCAAAAAUCCUCAGGAAAUGGUUGUGAAGUUUCCUAUUAAAGGAAAUCCAAAAAUCUGGAAACUGGAUUCCAAGAUCCAUCAAGGAGCAAAGAAGGGGUUAAUGAAGCAGAAUAAAGCUGUCUGACCUAGGAGAAAAGGAACUAUACAGCAUAGUGGAGUUUUAUGUACUAAAAUUGCUAUCUACUGGUCCUUUGGAAUUGAAGUAGUAGAAACCUAAAGGCUUGGCAUCAGGCUUGAAUAUCUCAGAACUUAAACUCUUACCAAAACCUGUAUAUUUUUCUUAAAGAGUGGGAUUCCUACUUUAUGUAAUGGGUCAAAAUCUUUGAAUACAUUAUUUAUAAAAACCUAUUUAAAAAUUCUAA